GCAACAAAAACACUGCGAGGUUGCAGCAUCACACCGAGAAGAUGUCUCAUGUCGUAAAGAAAAGAAAAUUGGAUAAAACCCGACAGGACAGGCUGUACUUUGACAGCUAUACCGAUGUGACUAUCCACGAGGAAAUGAUAGCGGACCACGUCCGAACUAACACGUACCGGAUGGCGAUACUAAGGAACAGUGAGUCCAUACGUGGUAAAGUUGUACUGGACGUCGGGGCAGGAACCGGCGUUUUAAGCAUGUUCUGUGUACAAGCCGGUGCUAAGAAAGUGUACGCAGUCGAAGCCUGUUCUAUCGCCGAGCAGGCUGUGAAGAUAGUGAAACAGAACAAUAUGGAGGACAAAAUUGAAGUCAUUCGAGGCACAGUGGAGACAGUGGACCUACCGGAGAUGGUGGAAGUGAUAGUGAGCGAGUGGAUGGGUUAUGCCCUCUUGCACGAGUCCAUGCUCAACUCGGUCCUCUACGCGCGCGACAAGUGGUUAAAGCCCGGUGGCAUCAUCCUUCCCAGCAAAGCCGAGCUCUACAUCGCACCCAUCUGCGACCCGGUGGUGGAGGACCGCUUACAUUUCUGGUACACCGUCAAGGACCAGUACGGCGUCGACAUGUCUUGCAUGUCCGACUUCGCCAGGAGAUGUAUCAUGAACACCGACAUCACUGUGAACUCGGUGACCGUCGAGGACGUGCUCUCCCACCCGGCGCGCUUCGCCGAGCUCGACUUGUACUCGGUCACCGUGGAGGAGCUGCGGUCGGUGAAGGGCAAGUUCAGGUGCGAGUCGUUCGGCUCGGCGGCGGUGAACGCUCUCUGUGUUUACUUCACGGUGACUUUCCCCUGCCCGGACAAGCCGCAGGCGCUCGUGCUCUCCACGUCUCCGUUCAAACCGGAGACGCACUGGAAGCAGGCGGUGCUGUACCUGGACACUCCGGUGGAUGUGGUGCAAGACACGGUGGUCACCGGAGAGGUCAGCAUGUAUCCCUCGGAGGAAAGCGCCAGACAUAUAUGUAUCCAUGUGGACUACAUCAUAGGAGAAGAGGAGAAAAGGCAGUCCAAGACUUUUUCCAUCCCUGACUGGAGCAGUGAGGCCCAGCAGUAGUGUGACAUCAACAUUUAGUGUUACAGUUCAGGCCAGGCAACACACUACAAGUCAUUUUUAUUAUUGUCCCAAAGCCAGAAGUGGAACCACGACUGUAGUGGUAAAUGAUCCAUAUCCAACCACUGUAAGAUCACAUUUGGGUCUCACUUUGGCAAAUGCAUGAAGGGAGUGCAUCUGACAUUGUACACAUGAAAGAGUUAGGUUUUGGCCCAUCUCUCCAAGCUAAAUUCACAAAAUAUCGAGUGCAGUUUUUUCAGUAGACAAAAACACCCAGUGGCUCCUACAAUCAAUGUGAACUACAGUUCUUCAUUUGGAAGUUGUUUAUGAUGUGUUUGCGCUUGUUUUCACACCUAAUAAACCAUCUGACACCUACUUCGGAAGAGGAAAAAAUGCAUAUCACCUUUCAUUUCUAUUAACCUCACUCAACCACUGUUUGUGAAAGUCAGUACAUUAUUUGUAUUGCAUACUGUAUAUUCAGUAUGGCAGCCAUGACUCAUUUGCACUAGGGCUUUCUUGAUAAAUCAUUUGGUCUGUAAAAUCUCAGAAAAUAAGGUGGUGGGGGGGGGGUAUCCACAGUCCUUCGGGACAUCUUCAAAUGUCUUGUUUUGACCAGCCAUAUAUCACUGUACUAUGGUAUUACUGACAACUAGGGAAAUUUUGGUAUUUUGAUUUUAAAAAUCCCUUAAACAAUUAGUCGAUAGUAGAAAGUUGCUGAUUCAUUUUCUGUUGAUCGACUAAUCAAUUAAUGGACGUAUAAUUUCAGCUCUAGUACUUACUUAAAACUAGGUUUUAACAGUUUUAUUGUUUGGGUGGAAAAGCAUUUGAAACUAUUUUUGACCAUCACAAGAAACUAAAACUGCUGACGAAUGUUGAGCUGUAGGUGUGUAGCUCUGUAAGGCAGAGGGAGGCAGGUGUUUCCAAAUUGUUUAAUAAAUUCAGUGCCAUGCUGCAGA